AAAAAAAAAAAAAAAAAAAAAAAAAAAAAAAAAAAAAAAACCAAUCCCGCAUUGUGGAGCUGCAUCAGUCACUGUGUCUCGGUCCGCCGGUUAUGUGCAAUAAAAGCUUCCCCGAGGCCACCGCCUUGCACACUGACUGACGGCUGUUCUUUCUUUUGGAUAGGUUGUUCUGUCCAGACCAUACCAUGAUCUUUCGGUAAUCCAGGAAACAGCAACCUUGUCCACAUAGUCCCUUCUCUCUUGGGCAUCGCUGAUUCGAGCAUACCGCCCACCGCAAGCCCCAUCAUGGCUCGGCCAUCACUAGGCCUAGCCCGUCCCGGUGGACGCCACAUGAAGGACAAUUCUUCUCGAGAUACCCUAUAUGCCCUGGGCUUCCUACAUCCUUUCGAGAGUCCCUCUAUCGCUAGCCGCAGUAUCAGUUCUUACAACAUCGACACCGAAAACCUUUAUGGCACUCGCAAUAAAUUUGUCUUCCACAUAGUUGCCAUUGUCUUCUCAGGCUUCAGUCUACUCGCAGCGACCGUAUCGUUUUACUGGUUUUACCGGAUGAAAAAGCGUUUUCGGCACAAGCUAAUAAACCUGAUGAUCCUGGGCGACAUAAUCCGAGCCCUAUGGUACCUGAUCUUCUCUUGCGUCUCUUUUUACCGUCCUAGCGACCAGGUGCCGACUGCCUCGGCACUCUGCCAAGUCACUGGGUUUUCUGUUCAGUGGGGAACCGAAAUCGCAGAUAUCGCCGUCCUCUUUCUCGCGAUACACGGUACCCUGCGGGUGUUCAGACCAUCGAUAACCGCCCCUGGAUCCGGCAGCGCAUUCUACAGACGUAGGCGGUACAUUUACAUCUGCAUAAUCGGAGUCCCACUCUUGUUUGCCGCCUUGCCGUGGUCCAAUCCCCAUAAUAAGUACGCGUAUAUUUCACAAGGCGCAUUCUGCUCGCUUCCGAUCAGACCGCUGUGGUACCGGCUGACGCUUGCGUGGAUACCGCGUUUUAUGAUAUGGCUUGCGCUCAUAGGCCUGUCGAUAGCUGUAUAUGUGCGGGUGCGAUCGGAGUUCAAGACAUCUACCAAGGAGACACGGCAAACGGCGCCGUUUCAUACGGAUGAAUUUGGUGGUUCUGGUACCUCGUUCCACCCGGAUGUGGAGAAACAGCGAGACAGUAUCGACAGCAUGCUCAGUCCGCGCGAGCCGAUCGCCAACCCAUUAGAGGCGUACAUCCCAGCUCCAGGACCACCACCAUCAUCACGGUCCGUCUGGCCACCGGGCAACCAAGCCAACGCGCCGAUGGCCGGCCCUGACUCCGGCACCAUCUUCUCAGCGGCUCCCAUCUUCGCCGACAGCGCCCCGAACACCCGCGUCCGCAUCAGCGUCCCCGACAGCAUAAUAUCCCCCGCGACCAAAGACCGGCACCGCAAGUCGUCGGUCAGCUUCUCCUCGUGGCGCCACCUCCUGCAAAGCCAAGACAAAGACAGCCCCUCGCGGCGCAUGAGCUGCCGCUCACUAUACACGACGACGUCGACGCAGCCCGAAGACAGCAACAGCAACGGCAACGGCAACGGCAACGGCGCCGCCACAGCAACAGCCCCAGCAACAGCAACAGCCCCAGCAACAGCAGCGCCAAGCAGCACAACAGCACGCCCCCCAAGCGACCCCUUUUCACAGCGCAUGGCGGAAAAGCGCCAGCUUAUCCAGCGCCAACUGCGCAGCCUCUUCGUCUACCCCGUCGUCUACAUCGUCAUGUGGCUGCCGCCCUUCAUCCUGCUGCUGUACCAGUUCGACGACGCGUACGCGCGGCGUCCGCCCUUUCCGCUCGCUGCUAUCGCGACUACCUGCCCUUGCGUCAUGGGCGCCAUCAACAGCAUCGUCUUCUCGGUGCGUGAGCGGCCCUGGCGCGCUAUCCCCGGCGCGAGGGGCGGCUUCUGCGAGUCGUUUGCUUGGUGGCGGGGCCGUCGCGGCAGUCGCGGCAGUCGCCAAGGCAGCGCCAGCGAUGCUAGCUGCGCCGGGACCGAGGAGGCGGAUAGCGCGGCGUCGCUGCCGGGGGCGGGGCCUGCUACGGCCAUGGCUCAAGCACAGCAGCAGUAUCCGCCCUCCCAAUCCCACUCCCAAUCCCCUGCAGCAGCUACGACUACGGCUACGACCCCAACCGCGCCGGCGCAUCCCCCGCUCCACCGCGCCCGCCCCUGGGCCCUCUCGCGCACGACGACGGACCUUUAUGCGCGCGCGCAUGCGCAUGCGCAUGGCGCGCAGCGGGGACGGCGGGCGAGUGUCGCUGUGGGGGUUGGGGCGGGGGUGGCGGCGCUGAAGGAGAAGGACAAGCCGAAGCCCAAGGCGAAGGAGUGGUGGGAGCGGUAUGGCGGGCUUAGUAGUGGGGAGGAUGAGGAGGAGGAUGACGGGGACGGGGGUGGGGGUGGAGGUGGAAAGGGCAAAGUUAAGGGGUCUUGGGAUGAUGAUGACGAUGAGGACGAGGGGGUUAUGGAGGUGAAGGGGUUGGGUGAUGCUGCUGGGGAUGGGCCUGGGGGACGCAGGGUUGUGGUUGUGGAUGUGGAUGUGGAUGUGGAUGUGGAUGAUUGGGAGGGGGGUGAGUGA